GCCCCUUUCUACGUACGCCUGCUCUCGUCUGCUUUCCAGGCGAGGCGCAGUUCAACUCGAACGAGCCUAAUGCCGCUCACGCCUCUCGUUUAUUGGGCUCAACGCCAUGACGACAUUUACCUGCGAGUGGAGCUGACGGACGCUCAGAACAUCGAUGUCCAAGUGCAUGAAAAAGUGCUUCAGUUUAGAGCCCAGGGCCAUGGUGCAAAAGGACAAAAUGAAUACGAGUUCAGUUUGGAGUUUCUUUUACCGGUAAAGUCAGAGGUGAGCCACAGGUCCACGCAGCGGCAGGUGAAUAUCACUUUGCAGAAAGAGCAGCGAGGCUGGUGGGAAAGACUGACGCUACAGGAGCGCAAACCACUCUUCCUGACACCAGACUUCGACCGCUGGCUGGACGAGUCCGAUGCUGAGAUGGAGAUCCGGGAAAAAGAGGACAAAAGGAACAUGCUGAAGGCUUCAAGGCACGAAGAGGAAGGGUUCGUCAGCCUGACAACAGGAUAUUUGUUUGUGUAUAAUCUGGUUCAGUUUCUUGGCUUCUCAUGGAUCUUUGUCAACAUGACCGUGCGGCUCUUUAUCUUUGGCCAAGAUUCUCUGUAUGACACAUUUCACACCAUAUCGGAUGUGAUGUUCUUCUGCCAGACCCUGGCCUCAGUAGAGGUCAUUAACGCUGCUUUUGGUGUAGUCCGGACGGGUGUUAUUCCGACUCUUAUACAGGUGGUUGGAAGGAAUUUUAUUCUCUUCAUCAUUUUUGGUAGUGUGGAAGAAAUGCACAACCAGCCAGUCGUGUUCUUCGUUUUCUAUCUGUGGAGUGCCAUUGAGAUUUUCAGGUAUCCAUUUUACAUGCUGGGCUGUUUCAACACAGAGUGGAAAACCCUCACAUGGCUGCGGUACACGAUCUGGAUACCGCUGUACCCAUUAGGUGUUGUAGCUGAAGCUGUUGCUGUGGUCCAAUCCAUUCCCAUCUUUGACGAGGCCAAACUCUUCCGCAUUCCUCUGCCCAAAGCCGUCGGUACCUCCAUCAGCUUCUCUUGCGCCCUGUACGUCUAUCUCGUCCUCAUGUUUCUGGGACUCUUUAUCAACUUUCGUCAUCUUCACAAGCAAAGGAUGAGGCGUUUCCGUACCAAGAAGAGGAAAGCAAAUUGAGCUUCAGCACCAACAACAACACUCCUCUGACACCUUUGCUGCCUGCUUGUUUCUGGAUGACAUGUUUAAAAUUAUACUCAACAGUGUUCCAGUCAAAUUAGUAGUUUUUGUUACAGGAAGUUGUUUUUCUUUAAUUUGUGGUCAACAUGAACAUCCUCUAUGAUGCAAUAUUUCAUCAUUGCAUUGACUUUCAUAAACUGGUGAUUAAUUUCUUUAAGAUGUAAGUUCGUAUUUCGUAGAUAAGAAAAGCACUAUAAUAAGCCAUAGAAAUUGAUAUCUAUCCUUUUGUGAUACUGUUUCCUUUGCAGUGGUAUUGUUAGUGUUAUUUGAGAUACAGUCAUUUGUGUAUGAAACAAGAACAAAUCUCAAGAAAUACUUUAAUUGUUAACAUUCCAGAUUUUUGAACCGUCCAACAAACCUCAGGAAAAACGACUCUGGUUACUUCUAAAAUCUGAACAUUUUGUGUCACUUCUGCUCAAUAAUAUCCUGCUAUGUAGACUUUGUAUGCCUUCCCCGCUUUAUUUCAUUAUUUUCACCUGAAUUUUAAAUGCCAACAAUAACAGUCAUUUCACAGGUUUCUUGUAAAUGUUAUUUGACACUGAAUAAAAAAAUGUUAUCUGGUCAA